AUGACCAAAGAAGCAAGUAACAAGAUAUAUUUAGGGCCGACAAACGAUGAGACAUGUUCCAGAUUUGCACUGAAUACGAUAAAAGUAUUGGAAGACUCCGACGUAGAACACAUCCGCCACCUAUGUGAAAACAAUUUAGAAUGGCAUACAGAAUAUGACAAAAAAUCUGUAAAAAUUCUGUCGCGACCCCUUCCUAACUCCAGCCUAGAUAUGGUUAAGGCCAGUAUAUUUAUGGAUGACGUUAAAGCAUCAACAGCUUACGACGUACUGCACGAUGCCGCCUACAGAGAGCACUGGGACAAGUAUAUGCGUAGCGCCAUUGACAUUGGGAUUAUAAAUCCAAAUAACGAUAUUUGCUAUUACGCUAUGAAAGCAAUUCCACCACUCCGUGGCCGGGAUUUCGUUUUACAACGGUCAUGGCUGGACAUGGGCAAAGAAAAACUCAUUUGUAGCCAUUCAGUAUGCCAUGAAAAAUAUCCACCCGUAAAGGAAUAUGUGAGAGGAAUUGUUCAUUUAACAGCCUAUAUGAUUCGUGAAGUCGGUAACGGAUGCCAUAUUACCUACAUUACUCACGUGGACCCCAAAGGAAAACUACCCGCUUGGCUUUCCAACCGCGUCACAAAGGUCCUAGGACCCAGAGUUGUCAGGAAAUUGCACAAAGCUUGUCUUGUGCCUCUCAAUGAUGACAAAAAUCUGAAAACUUCCAAAAAUAACCUCGAAAUAUCACUUGACUGGCUAAAAGUUUUCCUACAGUUAGGUGCAAAUCGAGUUGAUAUUGACGACUGUAAACCGCAGGAUUAUAUUCAAGAAGUGGUCGACGAAAGUUCUCUUACUGCUAACGAUUUGGGCCAAGACGAUCACGAUGACGAGAACUGA